GGGGACGCGGGGGACGGGGGGGGAGCGGCGGCGCGGAGGGGAGCGCCUCCCCUCGCCUGCAGGGCUCCGCUGCCUCGCCCGCGCCCGCGCCCGCCGCCCGCCAGCAUGCCCGGCGUGGCCCGCCUGCCGCUGCCGCUGCCGCUGCUGCUCUGGCUGCUGCUGCUCGCGCGCCCGGGCCGGCCGCUGGACUUGGCCGACUACACCUACGAGCUGGGGGAGGAGGACGACUCGGAGCCCCUCAACUACAAAGACCCCUGCAAGGCGGUUGCCUUCCUUGGGGACAUUGCCCUGGAUGAGGAGGACUUAAGGGCCUUCCAGGUACAGCAGGCUGUGGAUCUCGGACAGCAAGCAAUCCGCAGGUCUUCCAUCAAAGCUGCAGAAAAUUCUUCUACCCCCAUCUGCCAGAGCACUAGUGGGCAGCCUCAGAGGAAAAACCGUGGGAGAUGGAGAAGCAGGUCCCGGAGCCGGCGGGCAGCAACAUCCAGACCAGAGCGUGUGUGGCCCGAUGGGGUCAUCCCCUUUGUCAUUGGGGGAAACUUCACUGGCAGCCAGAGGGCAGUCUUCCGGCAGGCCAUGAGGCACUGGGAAAAGCAUACCUGUGUCACCUUCCUGGAGCGCACUGAUGAGGACAGCUACAUUGUUUUCACCUAUCGACCCUGCGGGUGCUGCUCCUAUGUGGGUCGCCGUGGUGGGGGCCCCCAGGCCAUAUCCAUCGGCAAGAACUGUGACAAGUUUGGCAUCGUGGUUCAUGAGCUGGGUCACGUCAUUGGCUUCUGGCACGAGCACACACGGCCAGACCGGGACCGCCAUGUCUCCAUCGUGCGUGAGAACAUCCAGCCAGGGCAGGAAUAUAACUUCCUGAAGAUGGAGCUCCAGGAGGUGGAGUCCCUGGGGGAGAACUAUGAUUUUGACAGUAUCAUGCACUAUGCCCGGAACACAUUCUCCAGGGGCAUCUUCCUGGACACCAUUGUUCCCAAGUACGAGGUGAAUGGGGUAAAACCUCCUAUCGGCCAAAGGACCCGGCUCAGCAAAGGGGACAUUGCCCAGGCUCGCAAGCUCUACAAGUGCCCAGCCUGUGGAGAGACCCUGCAAGACAGCACAGGCAACUUCUCCUCCCCGGAAUACCCCAACGGCUACUCUGCCCACAUGCACUGUGUAUGGCGCAUCUCCGUCACUCCUGGGGAGAAGAUCAUUCUGAACUUCACAUCCAUGGACCUGUACCGCAGCCGCCUGUGCUGGUACGACUACGUGGAGGUCCGUGAUGGCUUCUGGAGGAAGGCGCCCCUCCGAGGCCGCUUCUGUGGGGCCAAACUCCCCGAGCCUGUCGUCUCCACUGACAGCCGCCUCUGGGUUGAAUUCCGCAGCAGCAGCAACUGGGUCGGGAAGGGCUUCUUUGCAGUCUAUGAAGCCAUCUGCGGGGGAGAUGUGAAAAAGGACAACGGCCACAUCCAGUCGCCCAAUUACCCGGACGAUUACCGGCCCAGCAAAGUCUGCGUCUGGCGGAUUCAGGUGUCCGAGGGCUUCCAUGUGGGCCUCACCUUCCAGUCCUUUGAGAUCGAGCGCCAUGACAGCUGUGCCUACGACUACCUGGAGGUGCGCGACGGGCACAGUGAGGGCAGUCCCCUCAUCGGGCGCUACUGUGGCUACGAGAGGCCAGACGACAUCAAGAGCACGUCCAGCCGCCUCUGGCUCAAGUUCGUCUCUGACGGAUCCAUUAACAAAGCUGGCUUCGCCGUCAACUUUUUCAAAGAGGUGGAUGAGUGCUCUCGGCCCAACCGCGGCGGCUGUGAGCAGCGCUGCCUCAACACGCUGGGCAGCUACAAGUGCAGCUGCGACCCUGGCUACGAGCUGGCCCCCGACAAGCGCCGCUGCGAGGCUGCCUGCGGUGGAUUCCUCACCAAGCUCAACGGCUCCAUCACCAGCCCAGGCUGGCCCAAGGAGUACCCCCCCAACAAGAACUGCAUCUGGCAGCUGGUGGCCCCCACCCAGUACCGCAUCUCCCUGCAGUUUGACUUCUUCGAGACCGAGGGCAACGACGUGUGCAAGUACGACUUCGUGGAGGUGCGCAGUGGGCUCACGGCCGACUCCAAGCUGCACGGCAAGUUCUGUGGCUCUGAGAAGCCCGAGGUCAUCACCUCCCAGUACAACAACAUGCGCGUGGAGUUCAAGUCAGACAACACAGUCUCCAAAAAGGGCUUCAAGGCUCACUUCUUCUCAGACAAGGACGAGUGCUCUAAGGACAAUGGCGGCUGUCAGCAGGACUGCGUCAACACCUUCGGCAGCUACGAGUGCCAGUGUCGCAGCGGCUUUGUCCUCCAUGACAACAAACACGACUGCAAGGAAGCCGGCUGUGACCACAAGGUAACAUCCACCAGCGGUACCAUCACCAGCCCCAACUGGCCUGACAAAUAUCCCAGCAAGAAGGAGUGUACCUGGGCCAUCUCCAGCACCCCUGGACACCGGGUCAAGCUGACCUUCACGGAGAUGGACAUCGAGUCCCAGCCUGAGUGUGCCUACGACCACCUGGAAGUGUAUGACGGACGUGACGCCAAGGCUGAUAUCCUGGGCCGCUUCUGUGGGAGCAAGAAGCCGGAGCCCAUCCUGGCCACGGGCAGCCGCAUGUUCCUGCGCUUCUACUCCGACAACUCCGUCCAGCGGAAGGGCUUCCAGGCGUCACACUCCACAGAGUGUGGAGGCCAGGUGCAGGCGGAGGUGAAGACCAAGGAUCUUUACUCCCACGCCCAGUUUGGUGACAACAACUACCCCGGGGGGGUGGACUGUGAGUGGGUCAUCGUGGCCGAGGAGGGCUAUGGUGUGGAGCUGGUGUUCCAGACCUUCGAGGUGGAGGAGGAAACAGACUGCGGCUAUGACUACAUGGAGCUCUUCGACGGCUACGACAGCACAGCCCCCAGACUGGGGCGCUACUGCGGCUCAGGGCCCCCCGAGGAGGUGUACUCGGCGGGAGAUUCUGUCCUGGUGAAAUUCCACUCAGAUGACACCAUCACAAAAAAAGGCUUCCACCUGCGGUACACCAGCACCAAGUUCCAGGACACGCUGCACAGCAGGAAGUGACCACUGCCCUCACACAGGGGUCGGGAUGGGAGGCCCGCUGCCCUCGGUCACCUGGACCGGACAGUGGGAGGUGGGCAGAAGGCAGGCACCCCGUCCCCAUCCCCCAGGUACCAGGACCUGCAGGGCCAAUGGUCCAGGUGAGGCUGUGCUCAGGAGGCGGGGGAAUUGGACUCUGUGAGCCACUUCCCCACCAGAGCGAGGGGCCAGGGCCAGGGAGCCAGAACUUUCCCUGAGACACUUGAAGUGGCCAUUCCUCUCUGGGGCCUGGCUGGUAGGGAGAGGGUCUGUCAGCAAGACCCACCCACCUUCCCUGCCCAUCUCUCUGAGCUGCAUUGUGUAUAGCUGGAGGCAUAUCUUCAUUGUAACGGAUGUUUCCCACCCUUCUCCAACCUCGAUUUGGUUUUAUUUUAAGCCCUCACCUCCCCCUGUUUCCUGGGGCAUGAGUUUCCCUACAUGUCCCACAGGAGCCGCGGUGGGGAGGUGCAAGGAAAGGGGUGGGGAAACAAGACAGGGCUUCUCUCAGGCCCAGUGGCUGGUCAGCCACCCCAGGGCACCCCAGCCAAUAAACGGAAAGUGUUACAGCCGG